AAUUUGGAACAAAGGUUUUUUAGCGUGUGUGCGAUAACUGAUUAACAUAAGAAUAAUUAACUUCGGAAUAUCCGCAGGCUAAUAUUAUAUCAGUCUAUUUUUAUUUUUAACGAAUACAUCGUUCGAUAUGCCGCGGUGGGAAAUUUUUAUCCGACAAUUUGCUUUAUUGCAAAGUUUAAUUACCGUGACAAUAUUUUUCGGGUCAAUGAAUAUUGAGGCUGCUCCCAUAGCAGAUCUUAACUCUGUGAAUUUAACCACAGAGUUUAAUAUCACGGGAGAGUGUCUACCGCUGGGUGAAAUAGCGAAAUUCGAGAAAUACCCUACGGAAAAAAAUGAUGAUCCGCAAUCGGGUACCGGAUUUCCGGUCAUAAACGCCGCGGCUUUGACCAGCGACGAUUUCGCGAGGGUGGAAUAUAAAAAUUCGGAAUUAUCGCCAUUCGGCGACGAUCAGGCAGACUGGAUGAGACUGAAAAUUCUUCACGAUCUCCUUCAGCGCCCUCAAGACGAUUUUUUGAAAUCCAACUUUCAAACGGUUUACAAGUUCUUGGUCACCGCUUACAAACGUCUGCGAAGUGGUAAAAAAAUUACGGAAAACAGUCACAUGGAAGAUCGAAGUGGCGGAGAAAAUUCAAGUCUCGAGGACGGGGUGGAAAAAGAUGAAGAUAAGAGGGUCUUUCACACCUCGUCAACCUCCUCGACGUCUGACGGACUCCCUCACCGGCUUUAUCGCUCCACUCUCAUACACAGCGAGAUAAACGACGACGACGACGAAGAAAACGACUACGCAGAAUCGCUUGACGAUCUUUUGGAAACGACCGGCGUUGCGGCCUCGAAACUUGACGUAGGAAAAACGAAUUUGUAUCUCAAGCCGAAGACGACCGCGACUAGUACCGAAUCAAUGCGGAUAAUAACCGUCGUCGAACAUCCGACGGAAGAAACGAACACUGUGUCAAAAACUCUUUUGGAUUCGGGGGAAGAUGACUCGAAGUCAGAGAUUGAUCGAAAAUAUACCGAAUCUAAUUCCGUCACCACUGAAAUAAAGCGGGUUUUUGAUGCCACUGGUGACUUCCGAUCGAUAUUGACCACCGAGGAGGAAGGAAACGAUCAACAACUUUUUAACACGACAUUGAAAAAUUUGGAUACUGUUUUUGAAGGAUCCACUCGGACGGAUAUUACCGCGCAGAAUAAUUUCGUGACGGAAAUAACUACGGCUGAGAAUAAUAACAGAGAAAUUGGAAGUACAGCUAUGAGUAACAUUGAAAGUGGAGUUUACGGUACGAUGAAUAAUAUCGGAGUUGGAAUUACUACUCGGAUUAAUUCUCAAUCCGAAACCACGUGGAAGAGUAUCUUUGAAGCAGGAAUUACAAUCGAGAAUGAUACUGAAACGAAAUUUCAUGCAGCGAAGAAUAAUUCUGGGUUUGAAAAUAGGACUCGGAUUAAUUCCGAGUUUGAAAACGCAACGAAGAAAAUUUCCGAGCCUGAAAACACUACUGAGAUUAAUAACGAAUCGAGUAUUUAUGGGACGAUGAGUAGCUCGGAACCUGGAAUUACGGCUGAGAAUAAUUCCGGAACCGGGAUUAAAAUCAAUUACAAUAAUACCGAAACGGAAAUUGCGACUACAGGAAAUAAUUUUUCAACGAUAAUGACAACUGAAAAAAGUAACAUUCAAACACCGAUAGCUGCGAAGAAUAAUUCCGAUGCCAAAUUUACCAUCAAAAAUGAAAGCGAUGUAAAUGUUGAAACAAAAAUUACAACUUUAAGAAACGAUAUUGAAACAGAAAAUUCAACCACAGAGAAUAAUGUUGAAAUUGGAAUCGCGGUUGAAAAUGAAUCUGGAAUUAAAACUAGCUUUGCAAAGAAUGAUUUCGAAACGGAAAAAAUCUCGCAUUCGUCACAAUUUCCCGGCACGUCGAUCGAGUUUUCAACGGUAUCACAAUUCUCGGAGAAAAUCAACGGCAAUCCAGACGGUUAUCGAAUGAUCUCUGACAGGUUUCACGAAUCGUUGGAAUCGACGACCGUUUCGAGUCGCCACGUCGCAGGAAUCAGCGAUAUUCCUUACAGCGCCACAAGUGAGGAAAAUGACCCGGAUAUUCCGGCGGUCACGAAACCGGAAGACGGUGACAAAAUCGCAGGAAAUUCCGGCGACGAAGAGGCCGAACUUUCAAUUCACUCCCAAACUACGACGACGACGACGACGAUUUUUCAUCCCUCUUCGACUGAUCGUGGAAUUCCGGUUCGGGAUGCGAAAAAGGUGCAGGUGAUACUGAAAAUCGGCGACAUCGAGUUAUCGCCCUACAACGGCAUGACCAGAUCUACCGAAGUGGGCCUGGUGAAAAUACCGGGUUCAAAAAAUGGUCGCAAAGAAUUUUCGGGACCAACGAAUUACGUUUCGAGAAUUUACAACUUAAAUGACAACGAGGCGGCGAUCGAAGAGGAGGGCGAAAACGAAGACUCGGUCAAUCCGAAAUCGUCUUACAACGACCCGUACAGUUACGCAAAAAAUUUCGACAGCGAUCAUCCCCAUCGACAUCUUCCUCGGUAUCACCGUUUCGACGAAUCGUUGGAUUCAGGCGAGUCGAAGGCGUCUUGGGAAAAUUAUCGCUCGAAGAAUUUUCCCCAUCCGCAAGUUCGAGUUCCGGUAAAAAGAGGCGGCCACAAUACCAAUAUCGAAAAAUUGUACAGGUGGUUCUACAGGACCGGUCAGGAAGCCGAAAAUCCGGAUCUUUCAAGACGGGGUUUGCUGGUCAGGUACAUAGCGAAACCGGAAAUCAGGUGCAAGGAAUUGGCUAAAGUCCGAGGGGAUCGAUGAACGACUUUGAACUUCCGCAUCGAAGAACAUCCGAGGCAAGAAGAAGGGAUAAUAAAAGGAAUAGGAAGGGACAAUAGGACGAGGGAUGAAAAAAGUACCCUGAUUUUCGUCUCUUUGCGCGUGUGUGUGUGUGUUUUUUUUCCCACCGCGGUGCGGCAUUAUCAUAUUUAGUGGGAUAUGUUUUGACAGAAUGGGGAGAACGGUGAUGAUAAUGAUGAUGAUGAUGAUGAUGAUGAUGAUGAUGAUGAUGAUGAUGAUGAUGAUGAUGAUGAUGAUGAUGAUGAUGACAAUAUUGAGGAAUGAGAAUAUGCAAAGAUGAUUAUGUACGUACCUCAGCCUCCUUGACGACCCGGGAUACUUAUAAUCCAUUUAUUCUACGAUAAGACAGAGAAGCCCUUUCCGGCUUCAAUGCUUCCUGCCUCUCCCUUCAUCCCCUUCGUCCCCUUCAUCGACGGCUCUGUCAUCGCGCCUUACAUCCUCCUCAUUGAUUUUAUUCAACGCGCGGUUCCCCGACUAACGAGGAUCCAUAUUUUUACCCCCCCGCCGAGUUGCCAGAUGUUUUAUCCGCGCAAAAUCUCAUAACAUUAUAUAAUACGCUUCUUUCUACUUUUUCCACUUAUCCAUUUGUAAUGGAUGUUUUUCAUGCAAGGACCAAUUUUUUAUGUCGAGGGUAAAGAAAAAAUCUCCUUUCUUCACUUUUUAUUAUUCCCAAAGCUUCUGUUUUGUAUCGUAUGAGAUUAUUAUUGCCCCAUCAUCGCUGCAACCGCAUAAUCAAAAGCUGGGUAUACAAGCGAGGAUGUCUCGUGGGUGUAAAAACGUUGAAACCCUUUUUUGCGGUAUGUAUAAUUUCCUUUUGUUUCGCCUUACAAAACUGGGAUUUUAUCACCCCCCCCACCCCGCUACCGUUCUUCUGUUUUUCCUUUCCCCCAUCCCCUCGGUUAUAAAUUAUCCUGGCUCUUCUCGUUAUUUCGUUUUAUUCUUCCUUUCAGGGAAACAUUCGCAAACACACGUAUUACAACGUGCAUAUAUUUACACAGCCAAC